AUGAAUAGAGGUAAGGCAACAUACGUUCAGUCCUCUGCUCCUACUAGAGAGUUUAUGAAGUGGAUAGAGGACAUGGACGCACGUCUUCUACACUCUAUGAUUGAGGAAUCACGAAUCGGUAAUAGGGUUGACGGAAGCUGGACAUCCCAAGCAUAUAGUAACAUAGUUCAUCAUCUUCAUAGCUCUGGGUAUGUCGCAAUAACAAAAAAUAAUGUUAAAAAUCGUCAGAAAGUCUUGAAAGAUAAAUGGCGGGAGGUACAUGACUUGUUUUCUAGAUUGAGUGGAUUUGCGUGGAACCCGGUUAGUAUGACAUUCCACGCUGAGGAUGAAGUUUGGAUGGACCUCAUUCAGUCCAGGCCAACUGCGGCAAAGUAG